ACAGAGGUCCGUGGACCGCAGUGAACGUGACGAAAAUGAAACCAAAGGUAUCGAUUGCGUCACUACUUCCACUACUUUUGGCAAUUACGGCGAUGAGGAACCAGAUAAACACUUCGGGGGAUCCGGAGAAUAUUUCUAGCGAAUCAGAAGCAUCUUCGGAAAUAGAUUUUUGCGAAGACUACGAUAAUAUAACCAGGUGGAGUGAUAAGCAGUUAAAGAUUAUUGGCCAUUUAACGAACUUUCAGUCGACCUUGGGUUCGAUAAGAAGUUCCCUCGAUAAAACCAUGUCUAUAGAAAAGUGCUGUUUUUAUCAAAACAACAUGGUGGAACUAAUAAUUGAAAACGUGAAUGCCAUUGGUCCAGACAGUGAAAACCCAGAUACGCAAAUUCAACGCAGCAAAGAUCUUUCAACGAAUCUCAAAAAUAUUUUUUCUAAAAUCAAGAAAACCGUCGUGGAUGGCUUUAACAGUUGCUGUGAAAAUUUGCGAGAGGCAAUCGAAAAUGUAAAGGGUGAGGUCGAAGAGAAAGUAAAGGAGAUUUCGAUGAAAUAUAAAGAGAUGCACACCAAAAGUUCAACGACGAACGACGGUCUUCAGAAUAAAGUAAAACAACUGGAAGGCGAAAUAGAAGAUGCGAAAUCACGCUUGGAAAAAUUACAACAGGAAAUGGAUAAAAAUAGUGACAAAACCAAUUGUUGUGAAGAAUUAAAGCAACAAAUGUCUGUUUUGGAUGGUAAAAUAAGCACUGUCAAAAGUGAAGCAGAUAGCGAUAUCAAAAAGAUGGAUAGUCAACUUCAAGAGCUUACGGAAAAGCUACGGAAUCAAGAUAAAAUAACUGAUGCCUUAAAAAAAAAGUUUGAGGACGGUGGCGAAAUUACUAAAAAUAUUAUCGACAAGACCAAACAAAAUUGUGGAAAUCCGAAUAGUAGUCAGGAUGUGCAAAUUCAAAAAGAGGAUUUACUUGAUUUGAAAAAGAGAACCGAAAACCUUCAGAUGCUGGUCGCAAGCCUCACCAAUAAAAUAGGCAACUUUGACAUCAACGGAUCCCCAACAAGUUUAAGUGUAAUCCUAAAUACAUGCCUGAAAAAUAAUAAAAAGUUGAGUACUAUUGAGUCUGUACUUCGGGAAAUGAUUAAGAAACGAAAUCAAACUUGCUCUAAGGCAUCAACAGAAAUUACUAAAAGUAAUGAAAACUGUGCCUCAGAUAAACAGCUGGAGGAACGUAUUAAAGCACUUCAAAACGAAUCUAAAAUUCUGGAUGACGAACGUAAAAACUUUCCUCAGUGCUUCCAAAAAAUUGAUAAGCUUUACAUACAAGCGGACCAAAUAACCAAUGCGCUUCAGAUCAUGAACAAAACCUACAAUGAUCAAAUUCAAGAUAAUACAAAUAAAAUUAAGUCCCUAAAGGAUGGCUUGGAUAAAGCUCUUGAGAGGGUGGGCCAAAUAGAUCAUUCAAAAAUUAACGAUGGUGUUCAAGAGCAAGUGAAAAAACUUGAAAGAAAGUUAGACAAAGCUAUCAUAAGCGUAGAAGUCUUGAAAGAAACACAAGAUGAUUUCAUGAAGCUAAUGGAAAAUACGAAAAAUCUAAAAUAUUCGCACAAUGAGAUGGAGAAGCUAAGAAAGGAUUUCGACGAGUUUCGACUCAAAAUUCUAAGGCAGUUGAACGAAUUUGAAAAGAAAAUGCUCCAAGAACCAUCUUCUGAUGCUAGGAAGCGUGAGAGUCAACUUAUGCAAAUAAACGAUAAUGUUCGCCAAAAUAUGGAUACAUUGAAAAAUACUAUUCAGCUCCAAGACGAACUAAAAGUGAAGGCUCAAGAUGGAAUACAAAAAAGGAAAACGCCAUCAAAGAAUAUGCUCGAUUGCGAAAAAAAGUGCAAGGAAAUGGACAAGUUUGAUAAACUCAUAAAUGAAAUAGAAGACGCAAAAAAGCGCGUUAAGAAACAAACCCAAAAGGUAAAACCUAAAAAGAAACCUAAGCGUAAGCCCAAGCCCAAGCCCAAGCCUAAGCCCAAGCCAACACGAAAACGUUAUAAGGCUAUCGUUGGGGGCAUCGAUUUUGAACCCGAUGGCCACAAAAUUCACCGACGACAGAGGUCCGUGGACCGCAGUGAACGUGACGAAAAUGAAACCAAAGGUGAGUUCUCUGGAUCGACCAUCAAAGAUGCAUUCAUUCAACAAUGCGAAUGUCAUGCACAGGUAUCGAUUGCGUCACUGCUACUUGUGAUUACUUGUGAAUCUGCAAUUACGGCGGUGAGGAACACACAUGAAGACGGAAAUAUUUAUAAUCAAAUUAGAGCUCCACCGGUGAAGGAGCGGUGUGAUGACUACAAUGACAUUGCAAAGUGGAUAGAUGAGCAUAUCAAGCUAAGUGCCCAGCUGAGGAAAUUUCAGAAAGAUCAGAUUGCUGUACCAAGCUAUUUUAAAAAGACGCCCACUUCAAACACUUGUCGCUUCUACGAAGAAAGCUCCCUGAAUCGAAUAGUAGAAAUGGUCAACCGUAUAAACAAAAAAAGUGGAACUCAAGUGGAGAAGCUGAUAAGCACCGGAGAUAUGGAAAAAGAUGUGGAAAAUGUUUUACCCCAAAUUAAUAAGGUCUUUGCUAAGGGCAUAAAAAGCUGCUGUAAAAUCUUGGCUAAAUUAAUGGAACAACAUAAAGUGGAUCUACAAGAAAAACUUAAGGAUAUGCCAAAAAAAUUAAUUGAGACCGAACCUGGAAAUUUAAACGAAAAUGACGCCAUUAAAGAAAAACUAGGGAACAUAGAAAAACAAUUUGAAGAUAUAAAAACACUUUUUCAAAAGGUACAAAAACAUUCUGGUGAUACAGAGGCAAAUACAAAAUGUUGUAAUAGCCUAAAAGUAUCGAUUAAGGCUUUGGAAAGUAAGUUAAAAAUAAUCAAAUGCGAUGGAGAUAAUCAAUCCCUAAAGAUGCAAAAGCAGCUAAAAGAGUUAAAAGAUAAAAUACGGGAAAAAGGAGAUUUGACAAAUUUUUUCAAAAAAACAUUAGGUCAGCGCUCUGAAAAUAUUAAUAAUAUUCUUAGCAUCUGCAACAAAAACUGCAUAAAUAAACAUGUUACAAUGGAUCCAAUAAGUUUCCUUGAUCUGGAAAAGAUUAUAGAAAACUUACAAAAACUUGUUGAUACGCUUUUCACUAAGUUAGGCCACUUAGACAUCAAUAAUUUAAAGGGAACACUUAACACAUGCCAGGAUAAUAAUAAAACGCUAACAGGAAUCCAAUCUCAAAUUGAGUAUUUGCGUAAGCAAAAUUCUAAAACUUGUUCUGAAGGAUUACCGGUAGGUUCCGAACUUGCAAUUAAAAAAUGUGCAUCUAAUGAAAAGCUGCAAAACAGUAUUCUGGGGUUGCAAAAAGAAAUUGGUAUCUUGCGUAAUGAACUAACAAAGUUUCCGAAAUGCUGUCAAAAAAUGGACGACCUUAGCGUGUAUAUUGGAAAACUAGGAGACAUGAUGAAGAAAAUGAACCAGACUUACAAUGAUCACAUCAACGCUAACUCAAUUCUACUUAAUUCUAUAAAAGAGGGCCUGGUUGAAUCCUUAAGAAAGUUCGGUAAAAAUCCAUCCCAUGAUAAUGAAAACGUUGAGAACCUUGCAAGAAAACUUAAAAAAGAUCUUAAAAAGGCUAGUUUGUCACUUGGAUUUCUAAAAAGCAAACAAGGCGAGUUGUUAAAGGUUAUAAAUGAAAUGCCAACUUCAUUAUACUCUCCCGAUGAGAUGAAAGGUCUGAAAAAGGACUUAGAUGAGUUUAGAAAGGACAUUGAUGGGAAGCUAAGGGAUCUUGAAUUAAAGAAGCAAAAAAAAAUAAACGAUGCGCAACGUCUUGAUACAUUCAACAGUGAAGCAAAUCAGGAUCUUGAUAAAUUGAAUAAAAAAGGCCUUGCCCCCAAAGAACUAGAAAUGCAGAUCAAAGAUCAGACAGAGGAGAAAGUAAAGAAAGCAAAUGAAAUGCAUGAUUGCAAGCAAAAGUGUUCGAAAAUUAAUACGAUGAACGAUCUCAUAGAUCAAGUUGAAGACAUGGAAAAGAUUGUUAAAUAA